GUGUGGGAGUACUUACAGUUGAAUUGGCAUUUUAUAAAAUAUGCCAUUAAAAUAUGCGCUUUUCAAAAAGCGCCAACGGAGAAGAUCAAUUUUUUAAGAUCUUAUUCAUUAUUACAUAAUCAAUCUGUAGUCACAAGAGGUGGCAAUGCGUCAACGAUGAACGACCUUCUCACGCGUUUGUACGCAAGUUUAGGAAAUCAACAUUCCCGAAAAUAAUACCUUUCUGAUAAAAUGUUUUUGAUUAAAAAAAUGUGCUAAAACAUGAAACGCAUUAAGCUCCAUGCGUCGAUUGUUUUCGUAUUGCCGUUUCUUAUUCGGAAAGCGACGACAUACGCUCGUUGCGUCAUGGCAACGUCCUGAAGGAUUUUAUUCAUUAUUUGUAAAUCUUGUUUACACGUUUUCGUGAUUUUGACAAUGAACUUUAUUGUCUUAGUUUUUGGCUUUAGUCAAUGUCGAUUUUUGUACGGAGAACGCACUCACCCUGAUUGAUAGUAAAUUGUAGGAAGAUGGUUGAUGUAACAGACGAGUUCCCAUCAACUAGACACGUUUCCAGUCUGGUUUCCAGUUGUACUGAACAUCCUAUUGUUUUAAACAAUUGCCGAAAUGGAAUAGGAAUUAAAAUUGUUGGUGGAAAGACUAGCAAUGGUGAAAACCAUGGGAUAUUCGUAAAACGCGUUGUCUUUGGUAGCGUUGCGGAAAAAAGUGGUUUGUUAAAAGAAGGAGAUAAAUUAUCUUAUGUAAACAAUGAAAGCAUGAAAGAUGUCACCAGCGAAAGGGCCAUUGCUAUACUAUUGAACGCCGCAAGAGGAGGAACAGUCACCUUAACUGUUGAAAGAAGUUUGAAAUCAAUUAAAGAGUAUGAAAAUUUAGUUGGCAUUGUCAAAUCUAGUAGUCUGUUUGAUCAGAAUUCCAACAGAUCUAUGGUUGUUUCUCCCACAUCACUUGAGAAAAGAUCAUGGAUUUUAGCGAAUGGAAGGAUGUCUCCUAUGUUGUCCGAGCCCUUACCCAAAGCAGUUGGCACGUUUUACCAUAAAAAUGCACUUGUCACUGAUGAACAAUCUGGUUUGUCAGCUGAAUCCAUGGUCGAUUCAGGUUUACAGUCAUCAACUUCAACCAUGAAGAGCUUAAGUGAUGUGAAAGUUGCACAUGUAUUAGUUAGAAAUGGACUUGGCAUUAACAUUACUGGUGGAACUAAUCAUCCUGAUGGUCCUGGUGUGGUUGUCAAUGAGCUGGUAUAUGGUGGUGAUGUUCAUCAGAAUGGUAAAAUUAAACCAGGUGAUCUAUUGGUUAGCAUUAAUGGUGAGACAUUUCUGAAUGCAACUCAUGAACAAGCCAACAUGAAGUUGAAUCAAGUUAAAUUGAAAGCUGAGAAAGAGUUUGUAAUAAACUACUUACCACAAAGAAUAGAUACGGGAAAUUCUCUUUUAAAGUCUAACAAAUAUGAUGAAAUUUUUUCCACAAACAUUUCAGAUUCUAAUUUAGGUAGUCAUUUCAACUCUAUAAAUCAACCUCCCCUUCAGAGUUCAUCAGUCCCUACUUAUCUUCAGCAAGAUCUUGAAAUAUCCCAGGGUUCCCCUAAAGUGUUGUUAAAUUCUACAAGAAAACCACCAAAACGUAGAUUAUCUUUGCCACCAUCAUCAAAAUUGCAAUAUGACAAGCUUGAAGUUGCUUUGAGUCAUUUAGGAGUUGUUCUGAGCAGCGAACAGAGCACAAUGAUUCGUGACCGGAUGAAUAUUGAUUUACAUGGGUGUGUUUUAUAUGGAGAUUUUGUUGAAGUUGUGCGGGAUGUGUUACAUACUGAGGUCAAUAGUAAGAAUAAUGUGUUUCAUGGUGGAUGUGCAUUGAAUGGAGAAGAUUCUUUAAAAAGUCCAUCAAGACAGGAGCAAAAUUCUAAUGCUAUUGAAAUUGAAAUGAAUCAGAUUAGAAAAGAACGCGAUAGAGCUUUUUCAGAAAUUAAAAUACUAAAGCAACUACUUGAAAAGCAACAGAUAAAAUCAUACAAAGCAGAGGAAAUGGAAAUUAUGAAAAGGACAACAGAAGAAGCUCUUGAAGAAAGUUUAGCAUUUAAAGAUGAGGUGCAUCUUGCACAACAAGCCAACAAGGCUGCAGCAACUAGAGAAGCGGAGUAUGAAGAAAUUAUUAAACUUUUGGAAGAUAAGAUUCACCAUCUUACUUUGCAAAAGACUUGUGACCAAAAAGAAUAUGAAGAAAUUCAAAAAAAGGUUGUCAUACUUGGUUGCCAGUUGAAAAAAAGUGAAGUUGCUCAAAAAGUGUAUGAAGUUGUAACUCAAAAUUGCUUACAUUUGCUGAUCAUGUUAAUGAGGUCUUAGGCCACACAGAUGCAUCUGUUGUCCUCAAGCCAUCGCUUCAAACAUCCAGCAUGUCACAUAAAAAAAUUUCCUCCCCUCCAUGCAGAAGAAAGUGUUGAUGUAUCUAAAGCAGUGAGGAUGUUACUUGAAGAACAACCAUUGCCAUUUGGUUGGGAGGAAGCUUACACUGUAGAAGGAGAUAGAUAUUAUGUCAAUCAUCUUGAUCAACUUACUUCUUGGUUGCAUCCAGUUACACAUAGUAAUACAGCUGCUGAUAAAGAUUGAGCAUUUUUGAAGGAAAUCAAAACUAUGAACAAUAAAUGGUCAUAAUGUUUUAUAAAUAUAGUAAAAUUCAGUUAUCCUGAUUACUGACUUAAUUAAAUAAAAGCAGUUGUCUAGUGUUAUAUAUUAUAUUCAAAUGACAAGUUUUUAUAACAAAGUUUAAUUUUGGAAAUGUAAAGAUAUAUUUUCUUAUGUUAAUGCAUGCAACAAGAUAAUUAAAUACAUUUUAAAUAUAUAUUUAUUGCUUA